AUGUCUCGUCCCGAAGAUAUCCUCCCCCCAGACCUGUACUACAAUGACACCGAGUCGGCCAAAUACACGACCUCAUCCCGCAUCCAAGCCAUCCAGGCAUCGAUGACGAACCGGGCCCUUGAACUCCUCGACCUCGAGCAAUCAUCCUUUAUCCUUGACAUCGGCUGCGGGUCCGGCCUCUCCGGUGAGAUCCUCUCGGAGGACGGCCACAUCUGGGUCGGCAUGGACAUUGCCCCGAGCAUGCUGGACAUUGCACUACAACGGGAAGACGUGGAGGGGGAUUUGUUCCUCGCGGACAUGGGCCAAGGGAUUCCGUUCCGCGCAGGUGCGUUCGACGCCGCCAUCAGUAUCAGCGCCAUCCAGUGGCUGUGCAAUGCCGAGACGAGCGGCGUGAGUCCCGAAGGCCGCCUGAGGAGGUUCUUCGACGGCCUGUAUGCUGCGCUGAAGCGGGGUGGGAAAGCCGUGUGUCAGUUCUACCCGAAGAACGAGCAGCAGCGUACGAUGAUCAGUUCGGCCGCUGUGCGAGCGGGGUUCGGUGCGGGUAUUCUUGAAGACGAUGGGGGCACGAAGAACGUCAAGACGUACCUGGUCCUCAGUGUUGGUGGAGGCGAUAUCACCUCCACCGUGUCGAAGAUGGACGGCGUGGACAUUGAAGACGGGAGGAAGUUUCGCGAGGCGAUGCAUAAGAAGGGGAAGAGGAGUGAAGACGUCAAGGGCAGUAAAGCCUGGGUUCACAAGAAGAAGGAAAAGAUGCGGAACAAGGGCAAAGUCGUCAAGACCGACUCAAAGUACACUGGCAGGCGAAGAGGUCCGACUUUCUGA